GGUCGUAAAAACAGUGAAAGAGAAGGUGAGAAACCCCCACUCUUUCAGCCCGCCGCCCGAUCCUCCGCGACGUUGUUUCUCAGACAAAUUUUCUUCACUGCACAAUGAUGGAAUUGACGAUGAUAGAUGAUUGAUGAUAGCGAUGAUCUGUAAAACAACACCCCACAAAAAUACAUAAAAUAAAAUAAAAAUCUUCUCUCUCUAUCCUCUCUCUCUCUCUCUAUCAGAUAGACAGAUACUAGUUGGGUCCAUUGAUGUAUGUUUGUGGGGCAGAAGAAACCGCAAAACCCUCCCGUUAAAACCCUACCACCUGGUGAUGAUUCAGGUCUUCUUGAAAGCGUCUCGCUCUCCCGUCUUUUCCAUCUGAAACUACGAACCCCGACUGUACGUUUUCUAUUUACUCCUCCUCCUACUACUAGUCUCUGUCUUUGUCGUGUGUAUUCCAUUCUCUCUUCAGUCUUCUUACUCACCGAUUCUUGUUUUUACUUGUUAUCAUUACUUCUCUCGUCUCGACCAAUCCUGGGUUGGGCUUAAUUUCUAUUAUCUUACUUGUAUUGCUUUUGCUUUCUUCUUUGAGAGCCUUCUCUUCAUUUGCAUGUAUAGUGUUGGUUUCUGAUACUCCGAUUUGCAGAAAUAGGUGAUCGGAUUCGUUUCGUGUAGUUCUUGGGUUUGGCGUUUAUUAAAUGUUGUUUCUUUGAGGUUUGUUUGAUUGCUCCAACAAGGCUAAUAAGCUGCUCGAAAGGGAAACUCGGAAGAUAGAUUCGCGUUUCUGACGGUGUCGAGCAGCCCAGAAAUGGAGAGUAUGGGAAAUGGUUAAUAAGGUUUUUUUUGAGCUUCGUGUAGAUAUCACAGAGAAGCAAUGGCGCCGGCUGAUAGCAGGCUUUCUUUUUCUCUCUCUCCUUUGGAGAUGCUACCCUCUUGUCAGUCUCUGAUGCUACCGACGAAACUCAUGCCAUACGAGAGCUCAUCCGACUCUUUCCACCAUCACUUCUUCUUUGAUAGCUACGACGGAAACGACUGGACAUGCUUGAAGACACAGAUACCUUCCUAUGCAGAAGAGACUAAAGAAGUGAAAGCACUUAGCAUUGCCGACGCGUCCAUCCUCGCGAGCUUCAACCCUCCUGUUCAACAAACAGUACCAAAGCUCGAAGACUUUCUGGGCGGUCAUUCUUCGUCCUUGGCCCGAUACUCCGACAGCCAGACAGAGACUCAGGAAUCAUCUCUGACCAACGUUUACGAACAAGGUUCCUCGACUCUAUUCGGGGACCAUCGGCAGCAGCAGCAACACUAUAACCUCAGAACAACCAUGGCUGCAACUGGGUUCCAACACUCCUUUUCAGCUAAUUCUGGCUCGGAGGUUGAGGAUUCCAUUUCAGUGAACGAGACCCAGUUGAGAGAGUUUCCUGCACGCUCACUCGAAAUGGGAAGCGAGUUGGUGUACUCGGAGGCACCGCCUCAGUCUUUGUCAUUGGUGGCUGUCAAGAGCUCGGCGAAGAAAGAUAUCGUAUUGGCCGAGUCGGAAUCGUCCAAGAAGGUAGCAGAUACGUUCGGACAGAGAACAUCGGUCUACAGAGGGGUCACAAGACACAGGUGGACCGGGAGAUACGAAGCACAUCUGUGGGAUAACAGCUGCAGAAGAGAAGGGCAAACCAGGAAAGGACGUCAAGUGUACUUGGGUGGGUAUGACAAGGAAGAGAAAGCUGCCCGGGCUUAUGAUCUCGCUGCUCUAAAAUAUUGGGGUCCCACUGCCACCAUCAAUUUUCCGAUUUCGGACUAUACCAAAGAAUUGGAGGACAUGAAGAAUAUGUCUAGGCAGGAGUUCAUUGCAUCACUCAGAAGAAAAAGCAGUGGUUUUUCUAGGGGAGCUUCUAUUUACAGAGGUGUCACAAGGCACCACCAACAGGGACGAUGGCAAGCGAGGAUCGGUCGUGUUGCAGGAAACAAAGAUCUCUAUCUUGGGACAUUUGGAACCGAGGAGGAAGCAGCAGAAGCAUAUGAUAUAGCAGCAAUAAAGUUCAGGGGAGUGAACGCAGUGACCAACUUCGAGAUGAGCCGUUACGAUAUAGAAGCCAUUACCAACAGCGCACUCCCCAUUGGUGGUGCAGCCAAACGCCUCAAGUUCUCUCUUGAAGCUUCACCUGAUCAGAACUUGGACCGUGAUCCUCAAGAUAGGCAACCUCCGUCCAGCAGUAGCAGCGGCAGCGGCAGCAUCGGCUCCCUGAGCAUGGUUCCUACUGUCACGUGUGGUUUACCAGUAGAUGCCCAGUCAAGUCUGUACCAACAGAAUCUCAUUCACCACCUUCACGCCGGUGCAGGCAGCACAUUGGAUUUCUCUGCAUCAUCAGCCCCUGCCUUCUCCCCUGUCGUUACACCAUUGGCACUGCUACCGCCGACGUCUGAGUUUUGUGGCCGGAAAUUCUUUUACGGCCUAAGUGCGCCGGUUAACAUCAGUAACCACUUCAAUGUCACCCACAGCAACCGAGCCGUUAAUCAGCAGCCCUGGAAUGUGGCGCCCUCCUCAAACUGACCGACGCUUGAUCUUUUGGUCUUAUUUCAUCAUGACUUGUUACAUACUUGCAGAGUAACACACUAACCGCUGGCGCACAGGUCCUGUGUUUUAUGUGGAUUCAUGAACGAAGGCGACGAAAGCUUGGGUUGCACGGCAACACAGGGCAUGGAUAGUAAGUUUAUGCAUGUUGAAAUUUAUAUUUGACGGUGGUUCUUUUUUGUUUUGUUCGCCGGAGGAAGCGGUGGGGCGGCUGUACUUCCGUUCUCCUGCGUCUAGUCGAUUUCUUUACUUUUCAAGAAAGGAAACGUUUUUUAUUGCUCAA